GAAGUUAAAAGAAAAAUGUCUUGGCAAACAUACAUCGAUGAGCACUUGAUGUGUGAUGUCGAGGGUCACCGGCUGAUUGCCGCGGCAAUCAUUGGCCACGACGGUAGUGUUUGGGCGCAGAGUGAAUCCUUUCCUCAGUUGAAGCCUGAGGAGGUCACAAACAUCAUGAAGGACUUCGAUGAACCUGGAACACUUGCGCCAACCGGCUUAUUUCUUGGAACAGCAAAAUACAUGGUCAUUCAAGGAGAACCAGGAGUUGUGAUCCGUGGCAAGAAGGGAUCAGGCGGUGCCACAAUUAGGAAGACCAGCCAAACACUCAUCUUCGGCAUCUACGAAGAGCCGAUGACUCCAGGGCAAUGCAAUUUGGUCGUUGAGAGGUUGGGCGAUUACCUCAACGACCAAGGCUUCUAG